AUGCAAACCUUUAUGAAGAUACCGCUGGCUACUGUGUUAUGCGGGCUGCUCUUACUGCUGAUUACCUUGUGUUCUGCAAAUGACAACAACAGCAGCAAAACACAUGACAAGGUGUGUUUUUAAACAAACAUUGUAAUAUAUAGCUUUAAUAUAUGAGAAGUGAAGUUCAGUUGAUCCUACUUGAACUAUUUAACCUGAAAGAACUUAGUGAGGUAGAACGAAUGAACGGUGAUUUUUUAUUUAAGGAUGCUUGACUGAGGUUAAUUGAUUGACUUAAUCAAUUGAUCAUGAAUUUAUAACGGAAUGAAUUUUUAAAUAUUCCGCGACAGACUUCACCUUAUGGUUCCUGUGGUCAUGGUGGGUGUUUCUGUGCACCAGGAAUUCCAGGCAUCCCAGGAAGCCCUGGACCCGCGGGACCAGCAGGUGUUGUGGGAUCACCUGGCAAUCAUGGACCUGAAGGACCCAUGGGCCCACGGGGAAAGAAAGGCGAUGAAGGAGACCGUGGAAGACAGGGAGCACCAGGAGUUAAAGGACCUGCAGGCCCAGCAGGUCCACGUGGGGACAAAGGUGAAACAGGUUCAGCUGGUUCCCCUGGAAACAAGGGUGAUACAGGUGCUCGUGGAAGUCAAGGUCCCCCAGGUCCCAAGGGUGCUCCAGGAUCGUUUGGCCGUGAUUGGAAACAGUGCGUUUUUAAGAAUCUGAACGAUGGAAGGGACUCUGGAUUGAUAAAGGUAACAAUUGAGUUGGUCUUUCCGAUUUAAAAACUCAUUAUUAAUUCAUAAAGACAAAACAAAAGAAACUAAUGUUUAAUGAGUGUCUUUAUAUCUGAUAAAGACAAGGCUAAACCCCAAAUUUAAAUAUUAGUGCAAGAAUGAGUUGAUCUGUAUCAGAGAUUUUGAAGCCGUUAAAAACACUUGCAGUCGUGUAUUUUCAGGUUUAAAAACUCGAGGUGAAUCAUUUGAGAAAAAAAAAAAUCCGUGUUUCGGAACUUGUGCGAGCGGUUCAUGGAAUGAUACAAAUGCAGGGAAAAGGUCCAAUUUAUCAGUUUAAGAUAUACGUAUAGUUUUUGUCUGAAUUUGAGUGAAAUUCGCAGGGUCGUUGCGUCCUUUCCGCUAAUUGCCAAAAAGAAUUUUUUGAAAAGAUUUUCUGUUGUACGUAAAAGCCAUUUGUAGCUUUGUGACUUGACUUUGUAUUGGGCAUAUUUGUCGCUGUCUGUAUCGUUGUUAUUGGGCAUCGUAAAAUACAACACUUUGAGUAGUGGAAUGUGAUAAAUUCGAAACAUCCUUAGAGUAUCUGCCUUCUGGCGAUCCCACAAUACAUUGCGCAUUCAAGAAACGGAAAAAAUCGACCCUUACUGAUUAUUAUUCCUUUCAAGAUUUAUCUGGAAAAUUUUCCCAUUCAAAAGCUAAAUUUUGCAGGAAAUUUACUCCUGGCGAACAGAUGUCGUAUUUUUUUUCCAACGACAAACAUCAAGAGAUUCAGUACAACUGAAAAUAAGUAAAUGCUGACUAUUAUUGUUUGUUCCUUUCCCGUGCUCAUGAUCGAAAUAAGGGGAAAACUCAAAAGUCAGCAAAGAAAUAAGCGUGCAGAAAAAUUACACAAACAUGCACACACCGCAAUUCUUCCAACCGAUACUUUUAAACUCCAAAUCUCUGCACAAAAGGCGCCUCGCCUAGUGUGCUGGUAAACAUUCCAGUACCAGCUCAAAGAAGUACGUUUUAAAAGCUUUUUUUGAUAUCACGUUCUAUAAUUGUAAAGAAGCCUGUAAACUGCCGAAAUAAUUAUGUAUUAAAAAAGCAAAAACGUUAUUUUGUUUAAAGUUUUUAAAAGCGUAUGGACCCGUAUGCCUACUUGUCAAAAUGGUCACGCUACUCCCUUGAUUCGCAACGGUCGACCGUAGUAUUGAUGGUGAAAUUAGUUAAAAAAGCACAGUAACACUAUCACAGAUAUAGCCCAGCGAGGAGUCAGAUGAAUGGUGAAGGGGAAUUGUUUCAACUCCUGAUGGAAAUAUGAGUUUACUGGUUUUAAUUAAUCCAUGGUUAACAUGUUUCCACGGAGAAAUUCCUCAGUUACCGCAAGUGAAACCCAAAGCUUUCAAAUCAGUUUUUGUACACGAUCAUGUAAUUGUUUGUCUCUGAUGUUUAAUUUCAGUUCACCUCGCUGAUCUUUCUUCCUUUGUUGAUUUUUAAGGAGUGCACUUUUAAGAAAGCAUCAGACACUACUGGGUUGCGUGUCUUCUGGAGUGGCAAUCUUCGUCUCUACAACUGUCAUGCAUGCUGCAGGCGAUGGUAUUUCACUUUCAACGGUGCAGAGUGUUCAACACCAGGUGCUAUUGACGGUGUAGUCUACAUGGUACAUGGAAAUGGCGCGAAAAAGGACUUACACCGUCCACGUCACAUCGAAGGAGUCUGCGAGAAAAUCCACAAGGGUACUGUUCGCGUGGGAUUCUGGGUAGGCAAUUGUGUUGGUUACGGAUCUGCUGAUGCUUACACAGGCUGGAACUCAGUGUCCCGGAUAUACGUGGAAGAAGUACCUCCCCCACAGGCUUAA